AUGCCCUUCCCAUCUCAGCCCUGGAGGCUGAGGGCGGGCGUCAAUAGGUCGCUGCACUCGGGACCAGCUCAGCUGUCGGUGCCUAAACUCACGGAGAAACAUGAGUGGCUAACAACAGAAAAUGGUACUGCAACAGUGGGAAUCAGCAGUUUUGCACAGGAAGCUUUGGGAGAUGUUGUUUCUUGUAGUUUGCCCGAAGUUGGGUCAAAACUGAAUAAUCAGGAUGAGUUUGGUGCUUUGGAAAGUGUGAAAGCUGCCAGUGAACUCCUUUCACCUCUGUCAGGAGAAGUCACUGAAAUUAAUGAAGCUCUUGCCGAAAAUCCAGAACUUGUCAACAAAUCUCGUUAUGAAGAUGGUUGGCUGACCCAGAUGCCACUGAGUAACCCUUCAGAACUAGAUGAACUAAUGAGUGAAGGACUUGUAUGA